UGCUGCUUGUAAGUGACUGAUAACAUUAUUGACUGCAUCGGGUCCCUGAGUUCAGAGACUUGAGUUACAAUUGAGUGAAAAAUAGACGACGAAAUCAAAGAAUUGCAUAGAGCUGCAAGCCGAAUUUAAUUCUCUCCCAAGUUAAUGUGGGUUGGACUGAGAAAUUGCUAAACCAAACCUGUAAUAGGACUGGUUGUUUGGGUGUCUCUCUUUGCCAUUGUUGCCUCUUGCUGUUACAUUGCUUCCUCUGUGUUGUCUUUCUAGGCCCAGAUGUUCUCAGAUAAUUCACAUUGCCCUGACUGUGGACAACAGUGGUUCCCUAGUUUAGAACUAGGCCAUUGGUUGUACCAGACCGAACUUGUUGAAAAUGAAUGUUACCAAGUCUUCUUAGACCGUAUUAACAGAGCUGAUUAUUGCCCUGAGUGUUAUCCUGAUAAUCCUACUAAUAGAAGCCUUGUUCUUCCUUGGUCUUUCCCACUUGAGUGGGCUCCCCAAAAUCUCACCAGGUGGACCUUUGAAAAAGCUUGCCACCCGUUUCUUCUGGGUCCACCCCUGGUUAGAAAAAGAAUACAUGAAUCCAGAGUAGCAGGUUUUAACCCUGCAUUACAGUUAGUCUUGACCAGCACAGACAAAACCUUAAACAAAAAACUUGACCAAAGCAAAUAACUUCAUAAAUAAUCAAAGUCAUGGAGACUGUAGAGGGUUUUGUGCUAGUACCCCAAGGGAGAUGGAAAAAUAACUCAUUUCUGAAUAUGACCCGCACUGUUACUACUUUGGAUCUGCUUCCGUGGCGUAGGCAUAUUUAGUUCAGCAUGAAUUAAGUCAGUAUUCCAGCCAGACUGUUUAUCUAGAACCAAACUAAUACUGCUCCCUAUAUAUGAUGUUUUGGAACUAGCCUACCCCCUCCUAAAGGUUCCACAGCCUAAUUAUUGACAUGUGACAAGUUAGUUCUAGAGGAGAGGCUCCAUAGAGGUAUUUCUAACUUUUGUGGGAGAGCAUCCUCACGUAGCUGGAUCUUAGACUAUUUAAGUAAAACAACUAGACAUUUUACACUUUAAUAAGAAGCUACGUUCUAAAUUCAGCAUAUAUUGAUCGGUGAUGAUGAUGAUAUAUAUGUACACACAUACACACACCAUUUAUUCAUGUAUUCCCUGUAUUCAUCAUUGUCUCUGUUUGGCCCAUCUUCACUGUGCCUGUGACAUUGAUUACUGGUCAUUGUCAGAGACGUCACAUUCUAUCAGGCAACACCUACACAGUUUACACAAAAACAUGCAGAAACUUACUUGGCUCUUCAUAAGCAAAGACUAUCCUGUCUUUGCGGUGACUAGACUUACAUUACCCUCCCCCUGGAAGGGAAAAGUACCUGUACUCUAAAAUAUGUCAUAGGAAGAGUCCUCAGGCCUAUGUAUAUAUAUAUUAUGAACAGUCUAGGGGAACCAUCUGUCUUAGAACUAAGAGGGUCUUGCUAGACUUUGGCCACUUUCUGGCCUUCAUUUGUUAAUGAGAAUCAUGGAACUAGAAUGGGGGUUAAGCAAAUUAGAAAAGGCUAUUGAAAACAUCUCAUAGGUCACUGAACAGUUUAAAAAGUAAAUGGUUAGGUAACAGCUCAACAAUGUUAUCAAGGACCCAGGUUCUUUUCUCUUCUUUUCCUCUGGGAUCCUUAUCAUGUUGGCUUUUUUUUGUUUUUCUCAUGAGUAUAAUAAUAUGGCUUGUUGCUGCUUCAGACAUUUCAAUCCCAAUGAAUGGCUGGAAUUAGGGGGCAAAAGGCUUUCUCCUUUCAAGUGUUUUGUCCCUGUAUUUGGGAAGAAAAUCUCAAAAUCCCUAGCAGAUUUCUUUGUACAUCUCAUUAGUCAGUACUGGUUUACAAGGGAGCCUGGGAAAGCCUGGCAGAAGGGGGCGCGGGGUUAACAUUGCCUGCGUAGGGCAUAUUGCCUCUCAUAAUAAAACCAGAAGAUAGAAGUGGGGAAUGAAUGGCUAUUGGUAUGCGACAAAUCAUACCUGGCACAUGUUGUGAAACCUAAGUUAUCUGUUAGUCUGUAUGAAGAAUGUACCCUAUAGAUCCUUCCUAUAUCUACUUUAUCAUGGUGGAGGUUCUCUCUUGUUAUAUUGCUGAAUAAACUGUAUGGACUACUAAAUUGAGUGAAGACUAGUUAGUUUAUCGUUGAUCCUUGGUUAAGAAUUCUUUCAGCAGCCUAAAGCUCUUCCUAAAAAAUUAAAAUUUACUUUGAAAUAGUGCGUUUGAGGAUGGUAUUAUGAACAAUAUUCUCGUCCCCUUAAAAUUCUCAGGUAUUAAAGAAUGCUUGUCCUACAGGGACAUAUUAUUACUAAGAAACACUUUGUGUGUGUGACAUUUUAAAUAUCAGCAAAAUCAAUGAAAGGUUUUUCGUUUUUGUUUUAACCAUUCUCUCUCUUAAAUUAUAAAGACAAAUGAGGAAGGAUCUACACCAAAUUUAAUAUGCCUAAGAAAUACCGGGGAGGGAUUAUUAAAAAUGUAAAUUUCUUGGUCUGCCAUUGAAGUUUUGAUUCCUUAGGCUGCUCAUGGGGCCCAGAAAUCUGCAUUUUAUAAUAGCACAUCUGGAGAGUCUUACAGGAGGUGGUCUAUGGACUAUAUUGUCAGAAACACAACAGUAGCACAUCCAGGCUGUUUAAUUAUCUAGCUUCAAAAAGGAUGUGUGCUGAGUAUUCAUAACACUGCAAGGUAGUAAUAGUUAUUGUACUUUACUUUGCUAAUGACAAAAAGAUUCGUAUUGUCAAACUAAAGGUCACUGUUGAUAUUUCAGGUUAUAACUCAAAUUUUUUUCCAUUAAAAUAAACAGGACUGUUACAUAGCUGUCCUCACAAACCAUUCUGUUUGGUGUCAUAAGCUGUGUGAGUAUAUGGGCAUGAUAAAUUAAAAUAUUAAUUUUUAUAUUCACAAGGGUACUUCACCUUCAGACAUCAUUACAUUAUCACAUACCUGUUAUAUCAUCAGCUUUCAGAAAUCAGCAUCGUGUGGUAGAGCUCAUAAAAUUGAGCAAGGAAGAACGUUUAGGGAGCUUUGUAGCUUUUCAGCUUAGGUUUUUUUAGUAUGACUUCACUUGGUUUAAAAUAUUGCAGAUUAUUCUAGAAUAGUGCACUUCAUAGUUGGUAUGAAUAAUGAAUUUUAUUGAAAUACGAGUAUUUUGCUAAAAUUAAAUUUACUGGCAAGUGACUUGGGGGAUUAUCCAGCACUUUAGAUUGUCUGAGCCAUAUUAGUCUCUACUUCCAUAGUGUGGCCAUUUCUACAAUGACCUUUAUGACUAAUACCUGUUAUUUUUUGGAGAGCUGGGAGUGAAAGGAUUAAUGGAACCAUGCUGGGGCAAACUGUGAAGAAAAUACAUACACCAAAGAGGUGGCUGUCAUGGGAUGUGACUGGAUUAAGAUUCAUCUCUAAGUUAUAGGAGAAGGAAGCCCAGGCAGGCAGGCAGACAAAAAAGAAUUACGUGACAUCCAAAGAGUAUGUGCCAAUCAAUAUGUUACAGCUAUCCAUAAAAGUGAGGUUAGCCAUACCCAUUCCAUCUCCCCAGUCUCCCCGGCGGCCCUUGAGUCUCCAUGGAAUCUUGGAAACACAGCUUGAAAACUGCUAGUUACAGAGGAAAAAUAAUGGUCUUAAAGUCAGCUGACCUAGGUUUGUGUCCCAGUUCUGACACUAUUAAAUGACCUUGGGCAUUUUAACCUCUGUAUCAGUUUCUUCAUUUGUGAAACCUACCUCAUACAGUUGUGGGGUUUGAAUGGGAUAACAUAUACCAAGCGUAUGGCACAUGGUAAGUCUUUAGGAGUGGAAACGGUACAGGGGAACAAGGCAGAACUAGAACUAGGGAAUAAGUUUUAGAACAAGGAAUAAAAGCCAAUUGCUGCAUUACCGAAAACUUAAAUCCUUCAGAUGAAGGACUGGAUUGGUUUUGGGACUGGGGUUGAGCUUGUCGUUGCUAGUCAGAUGGUCUUAGGUAUAAAAAUUGAGAGAUCUGGAGGGGUGGAUGACCCAAGGCAGAUCCUUGUCACAUUUUUUGGCUAAUUUAUAAUCAUAAUCGUAAAACAGUUACAUCUAUUAUAUCACCUGAGAAUUUCCACAAAACUGAAAUAGGCAGAUUCAGAAAAGUUGAAGGAUCUGUGCAUGCACCCAGGUCAUAUGUGUUAGAGUCACAAUUCGAGCCUAGAUUCAAGCACUCCAGACUUACGGGGCUUUGUAGUAUGUUUAUUGUAAUUAUGAAUGUUAAGUUAAAUAGACUGCCUGCACUCAAAUCCUGACUUUGCCACUUACUAGUUGUAUAUUCUUGGGAAAGAUUCUUAAUCUAUCUAUGUCUGUUUCCUCAUCUGUAAAACAGUAGGAAUAUUAGUAGUCCAUACCUCGUAGAUUGUUGUGAGAAUUCAAUGAGUUAAUACAUAAAGAGCUUUGAACGCUGCUUGGCCCAGAGAAGGCAUUCAAUAAAUUUUUAUUGUUGUGUAUGUUCUAUGUGUUUUUUGUCUCCAAAGCAUGCUUGCAUAUCAUUUAAGGGCUACAAUAUCUUUUUAUCCCUAGAGCCUAAAAUGGCAUCAUAGACUAAAAUAAAAGAUUGUUUAAAAAAAAAAAAAAAAGACAAACUGACUUAUUGAAUCCUGACUACCAUACAUUUAUCAUGAUGGCUUUUUUAUAUCUAAACUACCAUCCUGGAAUGACUGAUUCUCUUUUGUUUUCUUCUUAGCUGCUAAACUAAUUUCCUCUCUUCCUUUUUUUUUUUUUUUUAAUCUUAGUGUUGCA